AUGUCCCAGCAAGCCACUUCCGAUCUGUACUCCUUCCUCUCUAUUGUCCCCGAUCUAGCUUCCUUCCUCGGGUUUGAACUCACACCUGCUGAACCGUCAGAUUUGAACGACAUUUGCGGUAUCUGCAUCAGGCCAUGGAAUGAAGACGCCACUUCCAUCGUCAGCCUGCCCUGUCAUCAUCUCUUCCAUCACGGAUGCAUCGAGCUGUGGCUCACCGAAGGCGCGGAGAAGGUAGCGACCUGCCCAAUCUGUCGCCGAAAACUUUGCAUCAGACCGGACCCUGAAGGCGAUGGACAUUUCUCCAUCCCAAUGGAGCACUUCGAAAAUCCCGAGAAUCAUUGGGAGGAUAUGAGCGCCAGUAGAGAUUCACUGUCUGAACUGCUACCUACCAUACACUUAGCAGUUAAUACGAUAUGGCAAGAACUGGUGGACGAAGCUAAUUCGGAGCUCUGGACAAGCUUGCUGGUGGAGCGAGCCAUUGUCUUUGAUGAUCUCGAAGAGAAUUCGGGACCUGACUGGCAGCAUUACAGCGGAGAAGGAGAAACUGAGGGGCAUAAUGGGCGAAAUAAUAUGGUUGAAGAAAAUGAGGUUGAUGAGGUAAGACCAACCGGGCGUCACUGGGCUUACUUGAUCAUGCACGCCCUGAAAAGGUUCAGAUCUAUGGACCGAACGGGACUUGCGGAGCCAUGCGGUAGCAUGGAAUUUUUAGUGUUGGUCGUAACCAUGCAGCUGCUGUGGCACAGAGCCACUGAAGCUAACCUGAAUACUACGGCGCUAGUUGUCAAGAUGGAUACUUUCGCCGAUUUCGAGGAGCACGCAGAUACGCGCACAAUUUUUGAGGCUUAUCAAGCCGUGGGUCUAGGCACGUUGAUUAUUGAGGCAGGUAUGAGUCUAACCGUUACAUCCAUUGUCCGCGUUGCUCAACGAGCCAUAUUCGACAAAGACUACCAGGGCAAGUGCAGUGUAGAUCCGGCCAUGCUGGCUCGUAUUGCACUACCACUCAAGCAGCGCAUACGUUCUGCCGUUCGCGAGAUGUCUACAGCUGCCAGGAUUGGUCCAGUCGAUUGGGAAAGACUGGUUUUUGAUCCCAUCAUCGCCGAGUUUCAUAUUGUCGAGGACCUUGCUGUGUCUGUUGCAGAUGCAGAGUACAUCGUCCUGAUCGCAACGGUCGUUAUACUAUCUCACGAGAUCCUUCUUCUACCAGCCGUCAACGUUGAUAUUACUACCCGUGGCUUCCUUGAUCGGAUUUUCUCCGAUAAGGACUUAGUUGAAGCAUCUAGUCAGCUACCAAACUCCACGGACAAGUGCUCACCUCCGUCACUUACAUAUCCGCGUGACCUACGUAUCGAGGUGUUCCUCAAGGCUGGUUUCUCAUGGGACCUUGACCUUGUUGAUUGUAUCGUUGAGUCUGAGGGUCUUGUGGUGAUCAAGACUUGCGUCGGCAUAUACAUGCAAGUCGAACCAGGUUUUGUUGUGUCAGAGGUCUACGGCCCCUCGGACACAGUUACCGUCAAGCGGCACAAGGGAUGCGAAACGUCUCUUGUAGGAACUAUUGUUGUUCCUCCAGGAUACUCCUUCCAUGGGACUGAGGUGGAGUUCGUGGGCGAGAUGGCUGGAGAUUCAGGCGAGACAAUGAUUGAGACAAAGCGGGCUGUUCUCAACGUUUCUAGCGGUCAGUACGUCGUUAGGCGCAAGAACUGUCAUUACAGCGUGCUCAUCGAAAGCACGGAGUGUUAG